AUGAGUCAUGCUCGGCGUAGCAUAUGGAAAUCAUGUCAAGUUUCGAUAGAUGGUUUAGGGCCAAAAAUGGAAUUGGAACAAAACGUAUCUCUUGACGACGGUGAUUCUGAUCUCUCCAACUUCCUCCGCCCUUGCAACCACCGCACCUCCAAUUCUCCUCCUUUGAUUCCCGGUCCAGCCGGUGCUGUUCAAGCCGCCAUGAUGCAACGUAGAACCCUAGGAUCAUCCAACACCCUACCCACUCAAGAAUUCGUAAGGCGCGUCCUCCAAAAUCCCCACGACACUGAUCUCGAUUUCAACUCCGAUCCAUGGGUUUCUGCAGUUCAAUUUCUUUCAUCUUCUCAAGCAUCUAUUACGCAUUUGAGCUCGAUCAAUAAGAAUUUGAACGGCCAAGGAAGAGUUCCUGGAAUCGUCGCUGUUAUCAAAUCAUGCACUCCCAACGGUUUUGGCGACAUGACUGUUACCCUAAAGGAUCCUACUGCCACUAUUGGUGCUAGUAUCCAUCGCAAAGUCUUCACCAAAGUAGAAUUUGGAAAGGAUAUAACUGUUGGUUCUGUUUUAGUUCUCCAAAAGGUCGCUGUGUUUUCUCCUAAUGGCUCAACUUGUUACCUAAAUAUAACACUGAGCAACAUAGUCAAGGUCUUUUCAAAGGACAGUGGACCAUCAAAACACAUCUCAGCGGAACUAACUACGCCUACUAGCAAUGCAGAAACACCUGAAAAGUCAUGGGUGCAGCCAAGCAGUGCAUUCUCUCUGCCACAAGAAAGAACUGAAGGAAUCCUGAAUAAUCUUAUACUUGAUUCAAGGUUUAGAGAAGUAGCAGGUAAUGGUAAACAAAGGGAUGAAGCUUUGGUUUUAAGUAGCAGUCACUCUGUUAAUGUAGUUGGUCGGAACCAAAUAACUGUUUUGGAUAGAGAAAACUUAUCGCCGAGACAGGAUGGUGCUGGACCUGUUGAAGCAACUUGUAGCGACGAGCUCGAAAGUGAGAUGGAAGACCAACAAAACCAUCUUAAAUUGGGUGAAGGAGACAAUCUGGUGGGGAUUUGUCAAGCCAGUAGUUCUACAACAAACUCGGCACAUAUAUCUGUUUCUGUUGAUCAAGAAACUGGUAUGGAAAAUUGCUUGGAAAGGCAGAAGGAGAUUGUGAAUUCAAAAAGUUCAAUUCCACAAUGGACAGAUGAACAGCUGGGUCAGCUGGACGAGCUGUUGGCAUUUGACUGAGACGAUAAUCUCUAUUUGUCGAAGCAAAAUAUUAGAUUUUUUAUUUUUAUUUUUAUAAGCAAUGUUAGUUGUUAGUAUUACAAUGUUAUGUUAGUUUUUUUGAUAAGCAAAAUAUUAGAUGAUUGAGACAUGCAUAGUUUACAUGUAUUUCGGUGCUGCAACUUUUAGCAUUUUAAUGGUGUGUUUUGUAAAUAUCUGUCAGGUUAGUUUGGAAGCAGAUUUAAAAUUGAGUUUUAGGAUUGUAGUUAGACAUUUCAAUUUUCUUGUUUCAUGUUUGGAGAUAUAGUAUACAAUAAGCUUGAAUCUGGACUAUUUUAAUGGAACUUUGUAUGGAUAAUGCAGACUAAACAAUAGAAAUAUUUUACUAUGUAUUCUCUCAUGAAUAUCUAAAAACCUAUCUUUUUCUCAUUAUCCUAUUAUUCCCAUUAGAAUGAAUGAAAACUGUUGCAUUCAGUUAUACAACUCAAGAUGUAUUUGUUAAUUUUUUAUAAUAAUUUUUAUCUUAGAACUUAACAAGUACUUUCAUACAAAGCCUUCAUUUUCAUCAAACAUGCAUAUUUAGAAUAGAAUGAAGACAACUCUACAAUGAAAUAACCAUCAGUAACAGCAAUGCCAUAAACUUUUCACAGGUAGAUGGUUUUUGAAUACAGCAGUCAUCAUUGUCAAGAUUUAUUGCCUUUUAAUAAUCUGCCUUAGCUUGAAAUUAAUUGAAUCGAACUGAGAGCAUAAAUCAUGGCAGAUAUUGGUGCACAAACCCCUUUUUUAUAUAUUUUUAGAGUAAGAGAAUUAAUACAUGAUCUAUUUGAAGUUGCGACAGGUAUAAGAAUGAUGCAUAAUUAAGGUUAGAUAGAUAAAUGUUUUUAUUUUUGCAAUUAUUUUUUUAUGUUUGCAAGACUCUCUUAAGAGAAAAGUAGCAAAAGAAUCAAACACUACCUGCCAAGUUCUAAGAUACGUUUGACCCGAUUACUGUAAUACUUUGCCUUAUUGCUAUAGAUUAUGAUGUUCACUGCUCCAGUAUAAAAUCUAAUGCCUUUCUGCCAUCGCUUAUCUUUGUAAGUCUAGGCUUUAUUUCCUUGAAUAGUGUUUGAUAGUAAAACUUGAUACAUAAAAAGGUUUAAAUAUGAAAAUGGCCGUGCAAUUAUGCCUUGUUUUGAUUUUA